AUGCGGUCACUGGAAGGACUGAGCGCGUUCAGCAGCCUGGAGGAACUCAUCCUGGACAACAAUCUGCUCACAGAUGACCUCAGGUUGCCAGGGUUACCCAGGCUCCAUACCUUAACCCUCAACAAGAACCAAAUCACUGACUUGGAGUGUCUGCUUGAUCACCUGGCAGAAGUGACACCAGCACUGGAAUACCUCAGCCUGCUUGGUAAUGUGGCAUGCCCCAAUGAGCUAGUCAGCUUGGAAAAGGAUGAAGAAGACUAUAAGAGAUACAGGUGCUUUGUUCUGCACAAGCUACCCAACUUGAAGUUUCUGGAUGCCCAGAAAGUAACCAGUCGAGAACGGGAGGAGGCAUUGGUCAGAGGGGCGUUCAUGAAGGUGGUGAAACCCAAGCCCAACCUCUAUGUCCUACAUCGUUGUGUAUCCUUUACAGAGGAGAUGAGUAUUUCUCCUGUUGUCAUUGACAUUGGCCUGUGA